CCUGCCAUGGCAACGAGUCCGCACCGGGAACAUGGGGGAUAUGGGAGGAGCGACGCGUCGUGGGUCCAGGUGGUCGAGCCUGCGUUAAUACGCACCAAACCAAACAGACGCCAGACGUUUACGCAACGAAAAAGAGUGCGCGUCAUUAAAAAUAAUAAAAAAAACACAGGAAGAAAAGAAAGAGAGGACCUUCCAGCUCCUGGCACCCCCGUGAAUGAAUAAGCUGUUUCCAGGAGAAGUCUUCUAGAAAUAACCACAAAGAGCCGAACGCGCCCCGGCACCGUGCGUCGCCGAGAAGAAACCGGACACAACGGGAACAAACUUUUUCUGGGGGGCAAAACUUUGUCGCUUCUUUUCUUUUUUUUUAACCAACUUAUUUCCCCGAAGACCAAGACGGCUGGUUUCAGCGACAGGCGGAGAUAUGUUCAAGAAAAGCAAGAGCAGGGUGCUGGUGGAUUACGCGUCAGAGGAAGACGACAUGUCCUGGCACCACCAUCACUCCUACAAGGACAAAGAAGGAGAGGAAGAUGAGGAGGAAACUGCCGCUGGUGUAUCCAAGGAGGCCAAGGCGAAGAAGAUCGUGUCCAAGAAAGAGAGGAGGGAGAAGAAGAUGUUCUCCUCCAAAGACGACGAGCACUUCUUGUUGACUGGAGUGAAACUGGCUGACCGCAGGGGGUCUCACAAGAAAAUCAAAGACGACGAAAAGGAGAAAGAAAAGAAGGACAAGCCGGAGAAGGGCCACUGUUUCUGGGAGAGCGUUACCAUGACAAUGAGGCAAAUCUCACCCACCAAAAAACUGGAGAAGAUGGAGGGCUGGGAGCCGCCUCACCUGGAAGACUCAAGCGAGACUGUGACCGAUGACGCCCCGGAGAACAAGAGCCCGAAAGGGGACUCGCCGCCGUCUCUCCCCGAGUCUCUGGGCCUUCCAUUGGAAUUGGCCUCCUGGGGGGGGCGGGGUCCGGAAGAGGAUUCUUCCCGCUAUGCUAACCUGUCGGACUCCAAGGAUUCAACAGCCGCUGUCACGUGGACGGCCCGCGCCAAAGUCAAACUGGCCGGCAUCAGCAGGAUGAGCAGAGGAAUUGUGUCCGACGUUGCGUGGGAGGGGUUUAAAUAGUAGCCGUGUAACUUGUUUACCAUCAGUAAUGAGGAUGAAGACCUGAACCAAAUAUCUGCCUGUCUUCGAAGCCCAAAUUUUGGACAAAACCGGUGUUAUUGCCAACUGCUGUUGAGCUGCUGUACUGUAGCAUAAAACAUGAAGUUUGUCCUUGGUAUUUUAGCUCUGGAGUCCUUGAAGACAACAAAAUCUUAGUUUCAUCAAUUGGCCUUUUCGGCAGGACUGCCACUUUUUGAAUCACUGGCAUAGAUUGUAAGCUAAAACAAAUGAAAGCCUUAAACUACUGUACCAUUGUAACUGUGGUAUCCGCUGGCCUGACGUGUAGAUAUUUGAUUGAAAAAUGAUUUUAAUGUAAUUUUUGUGGCUGUUAGUAUUAUUUUGUAUUAGAGAACUGAUGAAGAAUAUGCAACCUUAAGAUGUUCUGAUGUUGGCAUGGUUUUCAGUUCUUUUGUGUCUAUGCAGUUACAGAGUGUGAGGUUGAAGCCGUAAUAUGUGUGUGUGUGUGUGUGUGUGUGUGUGUGUGUGUGUGUGUGUGUGUGUGUGUGUGUGUGUGUGUGUGUGUGUGUGUGUGUGUGUGUGUGUGUGUGUGUGUGUGUGUGUGUGUGUGUGUGUGUGAGAGAGUGAGAGUGUGUGUGUGUGUGUGUGUGAGAGAGAGAAUCACAGUUGGCAUGGCUGAGGAGACUUGGAGUUCUGCUGUUGUAUUGGUAAUAUAUUUGGGCAAUGCUCCAUUCACACCAUAUCGGUUGUAAUAAUUAUGACUUUCUUAAUUUUUAUAUAGAACUCACAGCAUCAUCCAAGUGUGAUUUUUCUGAAAGCCUUGAUAUAUCCAACUUGCCACUUACCAAUAGUUUUUUUCAAAUCAUCAAACAACAAAACAUGAAUGUUAUUUAACAAAUUCACAUGUUUAAAUCUGAUGCUAGAUACUUUUUAUAUGCACCUGUAAAGUGCCUUGUUUCAAUAGAAUGACAUCAUGUGUUUGCUGUAAAUUUGAGUCAGAUCAUCUAGAUCAUCUGAGCACAAACUUGUUUUGCUCAUGGCAACACACCCACACAGGUGCAGGUGCGUGUGUACCUGUGUUGCAUCUGCUCGGAGACAUUACCCAGUUAUUAGCUUGACCAGCAGGAGGCGCUGCAGUGUUUGUGUGCAUCAUAGUCAGCUGGUUAGUUCUUGAAUGCAGUGUUUGCAUAUCUGUAUAUUGUAUAGGAUUGAGACAAUGUAGGCUGAUUUCUUUUAAUUUAGAUUUUCUUUGAAGUGAAUGAGAAAAAAACUUUUAACAACUCA